AUGGGGGUAUCUCCAUGGAAUGGUUUGGAGGCCAUUCUUGGAUUUGACUUGAAGUACAAUUAUUUUUAUUCACCUACUCUAGGCCUGACCGUUGCGGAAUGUGACCAGACUUAUGGAGGGUUCUUUGAUAUUCUGAGGGGUGGAACAGAGCGAUUUUUCACUAAUAUUAAGGAUACAUCUUCUAAAGUUAUCCAGUCUGUGGCCAAUUUUUUAUGGAGUUUUAUGCAGUAUAAAAGGUGUUUUCUUAAUUUUCAGGAUGAGAAGGCUUUGGGCUGUAUCCUGUACCUGCUGUGCUUUAGACAACAUCCCUUUGAAGAUGGAGCUAAACUUCGCAUUGUCAAUGGAAAAUAUGCCAUUCCACAGAACGACACCCGCUACUCUGUGUUUCAUGAUCUCAUCCGCUCCACUUUGAAGGUGAACCCAGAGGAGAGAUUGUCAAUCACUGAACUUGUGAAUCAGCUGCAGGAGAUUGCAGCAGCUCGGAAUGUGAAUCCUAAAUCCCCCAUUACAGAGCUCUUGGAACAAAAUGGAGGCUAUGGAAACAAUGCUCAGCCUCGAAUAUCUGUGACCUCUGUUUCACAGAGCUCCAAGCCUGCAGGACAGCUCAACAAUAUAUACAAUGCAGGUAUGUGCAAAAAAAGACAUCUUAGUGCACCAGAUACAUAUUUUGCAUUUGGGGAAAGAAAGAGUUUAGGUAUUUUAAACGUUUUGCACAAAUACAGACUACUUUGAAGUUAUAUUGGUAUUUCUAAACUUCUGGUUUUUUUUCCUUAGAGUUUGGUUGAAUGUUGAUAACACAAAUAGUUUGUUGCUGGGAAAAUAAAAUUUAGUUUCCUUUGGAAAAUCACAAAACCAUGACAUAACUGAAGCCAAAAUGUGUUAUUAACCAGUAGAUGGGGAGGAAUUUGUGAUGAACUGAAGUUUUGUGACAGUGGCUGAUUGAAUGAGCUGUAAGAAUUAUAGCA